AUGGACUCCAUUCCGGAGUUCGACGAAGAGAUUGAGAUGAUCGGGAGCGAGGAGGAGCGACGGGUGGCCGUGGCGAUGGGCGGCGGGGGGGGAGGUGCUGCGGGGAUGGGCGGCGGGGGGAAAGGUCCUGGGGGGCUGGGAGGGGGAGCUGGCGCUGUGGGGAUGGGGGCCGGAGGGGGCGCUGUGGGGAUGGGCGCGGAUGGGCUGGGGAAGGGGAAGGGGAAGAUGAGUCCGAGUGAUGAGGAGGCGGCAUAUAGGGCAACCAAGGAGGAGAGCGCUCCUUCAGGGGGUACGUCUCUGGUUACCCCUGGGGCUCCCCCGGGGGUGGCACCUCAGGGGAAUGAUCGACUGCAGCAGCAGCAGCAGCAGCAGCUGCAGAGGACGGUGUGGGAGCUUCGCUCAGGCGUUGCUCCUGCUGCUGCGGCUGCUGCUGCUGCUACUGCUGCCGCUGCUGCUGCGACGGCCACUGCUCCUGCGAAUGGUACUGCUCGUGGUGGUGGGAGCUCCAGGAAUCAUCGCACCAAGUCUGAUUCAGCUGCUCGUGGCAAUGCCACCACUCGUGGUGGUUCUGCUGCUGCUGCUGCUGCUGCUGCUGCUGCCAGCCCCCACCUCACUGCUGCAACCGCUCCCAACGCUGCUAUCUCUCCUGCUGCUCCUCCAUCCGCCCCAGCAUCGUCUCUCCCUUCCCCCCCUCUUCCCUCCUCACCUCCUCUCGCCCCCAACGUCUCCCCCGCCUCCCCCACUCUCUGGUACACCCCGCUCUCUCCCAUUCUCCCCGGUCCCCCCAAUGGACCCCCCCAGCACCGCUCUAAACCCCGCAGCACCCCGUCCUCCUCCCCUUCCGACUCCACCUUCAGCACCCUCACCACGGGUAGCAAACCCAACUCCUCCCCUGUUCCCUCUUCGUCCCCCGCCUCCUCCUCCGCCUCCCCUCCGCCUGCUUCUAUAGCCUCUUCCGCCCCUGGGGGCGGCCUCUGCCCGGGGAUAGACGGCGGGAUAUGCAACUUCCGCAUGUCGUCCCGCACGCAUUUCCUCCUCAUGCGUUUCAUCUCGCUUUUCACCGUGCUUUCCGGCCUCGGAUACCUCUCCUGGAAAUGCUACAUGGUGGGGCGGAACAUAACCCAAGCUGGACCGGCCUGCCUGCUCUUUCUCUCCACCGAAAUCCUCGUCUUCCUCUCUUCCUUCAUGCUAGUCGUUGAGUUGUCCAAGCCGGCGAAAGAGAGGAAGGCGCUGAGUCUACCCCCCUCGGGGCCGUUUCCCCGGGUUGCGAUUCUCAUCUGCUGUUGUAGUGAGAAGAUAGAUGUGAUUCAGGACACGGUUAAAGGUGCUAUGAAUCAGAAUUACCCCGGGGAGAGGUACUCAGUGUGGGUGCUGGACGACGGGGGGGAUGACGAGCUUAAAGCCUGGGUAGAAGCAGAGGCUAUGGAGGGGUGGAGCGGAGGAGGUGGGGGAAGCGGCGGAGCAGGAGCAGCAGGAGCAGAAGGAGGGGAAGUAGGAGGAGUGGAGGUGGGGCAGGAUCAGAGCGAGCAGAGCCAGCUGCAGCGGCAGCAGCAGCUGAUGGUGCUGCAGCAGCAGCAGGGUCGGCGGCUGUUCUACCUCCGUCGCCCCAAGAAUAAAGGCGUGCCUCACCACUUCAAAGCAGGGAACAUCAACUACGGUCUUCACUUCGCCUGCGGGGAGUUUGUCGCAGUGUUGGAUGCGGAUAUGAUUCCGUCGCCCUUCUUCUUGUCGGCACUGCUGCCGCAUAUUGUCGGGGAGGAGAAGGGCGACGUGGCAUUCGUGCAGUGCCCACAGUCGUUUUACAAUAUUGUGCAGGGAGACCCUCUGAACGACUCGUCACAAGACUUCUACGAUGUUCUGCUGCCCUACAGGUUGUCCCCUCCCCAGUCGUUUUACACCAUCGUCAAGGGGGAUCCGCUGAAUGAUCGUUCGCAAGACUUUUACGACGUUCUUCUGCCCUACAGUGCCCAGUGCGUGGGUACAGGAGUCAUUUUCCGCGCUGCCCACCUGCAAGCAAUCGGCGGGUUCACAGUUGGGUCGAUUACAGAGGAUUUCGAUACUGCUAUGACGCUGCAUGCCAGGGGUUACAAGACGGCCUAUGUCAACCAGCGUCUGCAAGCAGGACUCGCCCCCUGGAGUCUGGAGGGGUACAUCAAGCAGCACCAGCGGUGGGCCACAGGCAGCCUGCAGAUUCUGUUACACCGUAACCCGCUUCUGCUCCGCGCACCCAAGUUCAGCCUCUACCACCGCAUCUCCUACUGGUAUGCUGCCUCACUUCACAUUCUUCACUUCACUCACAUUCUUCACUUCACUCACAUUCUUCACUUCACUCACAUUCUUCACUUCACUCACAUUCUUCACUUCACUCACAUUCUUCACUUCACUCACAUUCUUCACUUCACUCACAUUCUUCACUUCACUCACAUUCUUCACUUCACUCACAUUCUUCACUUCACUCACAUUCUUCACUUCACUCACAUUCUUCACUUCACUCACAUUCUUCACUUCACUCACAUUCUUCACUUCACUCACAUUCUUCACUUCACUCACAUUCUUCACUUCACUCACAUUCUUCACUUCACUCACAUUCUUCACUUCACUCACAUCCUUCACUUCACUCACAUCCUUCACUUCACUCACAUCCUUCACUUCACUCACAUUCUUCACUUCACUCACAUUCUUCACUUCACUCACAUUCUUCACUUCACUCACAUUCUUCACUUCACUCACAUUCUUCACUUCACUCACAUUCUUCACUUCACUCACAUUCUUCACUUCACUCAUUUUCUUCACUUCACUCACAUUCUUCACUUCACUCACAUUCUUCACUUCACUCACAUUCUUCACUUCACUCACAUUCUUCACUUCACUCACAUUCUUCACUUCACUCACAUUCUUCACUUCACUCACAUUCUUCACUUCACUCACAUUCUUCACUUCACUCACAUUCUUCACUUCACUCACAUUCUUCACUUCACUCACAUUCUUCACUUCACUCACAUUCUUCACUUCACUCACAUUCUUCACUUCACUCACAUUCUUCACUUCACUCACAUUCUUCACUUCACUCACAUUCUUCCUCCGGCCAUGCAUGUAGUACCAUCUCAACGUGAUCGUCAUCAUGAUCCUCACAUGCCUUUCUUUCAGGAUAUUAUUGAGAACAUUCCCUCCUCCCCCACCCCCCUUCCCUACCCUCCGGGCGUACAGUACUAUCUCAAUAUGAUCGUCAUCACGAUCCUCGUCCUACCUAUCCAACCAGCACCUUUCCUCCACUCCCAUUUCUUUCUCCCUCCAGGCGUGCAGUACUAUCUCAACGUGAUUGUCAUCAUGAUCCUCGUCCUACCUGUCCUCAUCCUGGCCCUCGAUCUCCGCAUCAUGCCGCCCGGCCCCAUUUUCGAGACCACCCGCCUCUACAUCAUCCUCCUGGUCCCCUACGUCUUCACCUCACGCCUCCUCUGCCUCGGCCUCUUCUCCCGCCUCCCCAACGGCAUGAUGGUUCAGCUGCGGGGGGAGCAGGUGGAGGAUCGAAAGAAAUAUCUCAAUUAUGAUGAGUAUGGGGUGCCAUAUCUAAGGCCCGAGCAGUUGUUGCCGAAGCGUGAUUACUGCGUGUUGCUUUUCAACAUCAUCCCUGCCAUCUGGGCGUUGACCAUAGGGUUCUACUUCUAUGCGGCGAUCACCAAUUUCAGACCUGGCUUCUGCACCAAGAGCGGGUUCUUUGGGUAUCCCAGUGGUAGAACGACACGUGUAGGGAACAGCGGGAGACGGCUCUCGACGCCGCCGGCGAAUGGGGUAACCAACUUCCAACCAACGCAGGCGACAGUGUGCAAUUUCUCCCGCAGCGGGCAGUGGCUUUCGCGAAACAAGGCUCCCUACGGCGCCGAUUGUCCUUUCCUCAAGAACGUGGGUCCAGUGAAUUGCAUCAUCAAGCCCAGGAAUCGCCCCAAGAACUGGCUGAACUACCGUUACAGACCCAAGAACUGCGGGCAGCCAUGGUUUUCCUUCGCUCCUCUGGCCUUCCUGCAACGAAUGAGAAACAGGGUGUUUGCUUCAGUGGGCGACUCUCUCUCUGUCAGCAAUCUCAUGCCGUCUCUACUUUGUCAGCUACACCAAGUAUCUCCUGUGACCGAGAUUCCUAACGACGGCACAUAUGCAAAGCAAGGCCCACUCACUAAAGUGUACCAAGUCAAAGCGUACAACGUUACCUUGGUCAACACAUGGAGCACGUUUCUCAACGAGUACUGGCAAGACGAACAGACGGUCCAGCAGUACAACGGAGGCGUUGCCUUAACAGAUGAGGAUUCAGUGGUGAAUCUAGAUGGGCUCGAUGCGCAGUGGGCGGCUUAUAUCGAGCGGUACGACGUGCUUAUAUUGCAGACGCAGGCGCACUGGCAGGCCACCAAGUACAAGUGGCGGCGGUUCUGGGUGAACAGUACCGGGGAUCAAAUCUUCAACGAGUCUAGGUUCCUUGCUGCUUUUGAGUAA